UGUCGCAAAACCUUGAGGUCUGCCAUCGCCCGGUGCUGCACAUUUCCACCGUCUCAGAAGCCGGCACGCAGUGACGAUCCAAACUCAAGCAGAUGGGGAUACUCGAUGUGUUGAUAAUAGGGGGUGGCCCUCAUGCCUUGACCCUCGCCAGCUUGCUAUCCAACCCUGACCCUGAUCCACACUCAGACCCCGGACCUGACUUACCCCUCUUCUCCUCCUCUUCCUCCUCGGACCCUCCGGGGCCUCAGACAAACCCAGAAACAUCCAACCACAAACACUGCGGUGGCAGGAAGAGGAGAGCAGGAGCUGGCCUGACGCUGAAGGAGCGCCUAGACAAGUCAACGAUACCAGAGCGGGUCGACUUGCCCCCGAUGAGUCUCCGAGUCGUGGAUUCUUAUGGAGAGUGGGCCACUGUGUGGGAGAGCCAGUUCACAGCUCUGAACAUCCCUCAUCUGCGCUCACACAUACUGGUGCACACAGACCCUCUCAACAAGAAAGCCCUGCAGGAGUUUGUUUUAAAGUCGGAUCGCUCUGCAGAGCUUCACAGUCUUCCAGACCAGGUUUACAUUCUGGACGAAAACGCAUUUUUCAAUGACAUGAGGCUCGGCAAGAAAGAGAGGAAACGCCUCAACAUCACCACAACACUUAAGAAGAGUGUAUCCUUCAGUCUGCCAGGAACCAAUCUAAGUGUGGAUUUCUUUAAAGAUCAGGUGGAGAGAUACCACUUGGACAAAGUGCUGCUGAAGGGAACAGUGGAGCACAUCACCCCCGUGGUGGAGGACGGGGCGGACUGUGAAGCCAGGAGAGCGACCGAAAGGAAGAGGGUGAGGUAUUUUCAAGUCCACCUUCAAGAGGGCAUCAUCCUAAAAGCCCGCCAGGUCGUUAUGGCGACAGGCCCGACCCGUGCCCAGAUGGCGAACAUCCCUUCAUGGGUGAAGAGCAUUGCAGAGAGCUACCCAGAGGAGCGCUUGCAACACACAGUGCACCUCAUGCACCAGCUGCCAACCGCUCGGCAAAAAUAUAAAGAGACUUUUCCCACUCAAGACGUGUCUGUAGUGUGUGAGGCAGGGCAGAGAGUAAUGGUAGUUGGUGGAGGUCUGACCAGCGCUCAUAUCGUCUCGAUUGCCCUGCAGCAAGGUGCCAGCCAUGUGACAUGGGUCAUGAGGAAGCACCUCCAGUUAAAGCAGUUUGACGUGGGCGACGUGGAGAGCCUGGUGGGCCGUUACUCCCACGUGGAGCACGGCAUCAAGAUGGAUGGCCAAGCCUACCUGAGGCAGUUCUACAAUGAGCGGAGCCUCCACAAACGGCUGGCUAUGAUCCGCCAGGCGAGGAAAGGAGGGGCCGUUACCCCGGAGGCCUACGUCCACCUGCAGCCGUUCAUCCUGAAUGGACGGGUGGACGUGAAGACGUACUGUCAGGUGAGUGAAGCCAGCUGGUGCUACAGGAGUCAGGCCUGGAGCAUCUCACUCAGCACUGGGCACCACUGGACUGGAGAUAUGAUCUGGCUCGCCACCGGCUGCCAACUUGAUGUCAAACAGGACCCCUUGCUCUCUGGGGUGAUGAAGGAAUUCCAGGUUCAGGUGAUAGAUGGCUGGCCGUGCAUAUCGGAGAGCUUACAGUGGGCAGAGGGGUGCCCCUUCUACCUGAUGGGGCAGUAUACGGCUCUUCAGGUUGGACCUCAUGCAGUCAACCUGGCCGGUGGACAGGCUGCCAGCAUGCGAAUCGCCAAAGACAUCAUGCGCCGUUGGCAACAGGACAAUUCAGAGGCUUCUGAACUGAGUGGGGUGAAAUCUAAAACCGAAGAAUAUAUUCAACAGAUGCAAGGCCUAUUAUGGCUUUAAUGUUAUUAGUCAUCUAUGCUCCGUGUCUUAUGAUGUGAGUAGAUUUGAGCUGCUUUUGUUUCUUUUAUUUGUCUAUGUGAAAGUUACUGCAUUACUCACUCAUUGGUCAUUUUGUAAUCUUCUUUUCUUGCAGUGAUGACUGUUUUGCCUAGUUUCAACGUGUAUGUCAGUUAGUUUUGAGGUGGAUUAUUUCUUAUUGUAAGUAAAAUGUUUUUUAUUUCCCAUCUACCUCUGUUUAAGGACAGCACUUGUUCCAAAAGGUAUGGGUCAGAGGCUUGUUAAAGCCGGCGCCCAGUACACAGUCUGCUGUGUUGGUACCUGGCACUUUGUGUGUGGUCGUAUUUCAUUGUCAUUUUGCAUUGAUUGAAAUUUCCCCAGCUCAGUACUACUGUCCCUCAACCCCCUGAUUAUCAGUUAUUGUACUUCAUACAUGCAAAGUGGUUGGGUAUUUCUAAUUAUAUUUAAUACAAACACAAUUGUCAUUAA